UUUUUUUUAUAAAGAUAACGUUGCAAAUAUUCCUGUAAUGUGUAAAUAAACGAUAUGAUAUGAUCAACACGGCUUCUACUGCGUUAUUUACUUUUGUAUCGGUUUUCUUCCGUAUAUUCGCACGUUUAACGCGCUAAGUAGGGUGACAGUACAGUUAUGACGUCACAGGAAAUCAAUUGUAAUAGAAAAAAAAUCCAAACGUCUACUACUGGUCAAACAUCCAGCUUUCGGACACCAAUGAAGAGAACACGUCCUCAUGAAUAUGUAACUCUCCUCGCAGUAGUUUUGUAUGUUUGGCAUCAAAUGUGUGCGCUUUUUAUGAAUGAAUAAUGUCGAGUUGCAGGGCAGGGUUGACGGUGGAGUGGGACGUCACUGGGGUUAAAAAACAAAAGCUCGCACCAGAGGUCACGACGCAGAGCGCGGUCACGCGGCCCUCCCACGUUCACCAGUUAUAAGGACACUGACUGUGAUCGUGUUCGUGUGGAAGUGCGGUCUGGCAGAGAGAAGUGUUGAGUGCAGAUGUGCCGGCUUGUUAUCUACAAAACAGAGACAAAAUAAAAGAGAUGGAGAUUUGCCAAGAAGACUUUGGGACACAGGAAGUGCCUGCAGGCUUUGAUUUUGCAUCCUAUGACUUUCCUGGUGAAGACCUGUCUUUUCUGUUAGACAAUAAAUGGCAUAAGCAGCAGCAGCAGCCGCCGCCGCAGCAGCAGCAGCAGCAGCAGCAGCAGUACUCAACAGAGAAUAACUUCCUUCAGCUGACCAAAGCUUCUCAUUUAUACGACAGCAAAGUGUUUAACAGCGACUGUGCCAUACUCAGCCUAGACUCGUACAAGGACUUCAACUGGUGGGGUUCAUAUCCUUGUGAUUCUUCAGUUGGGAGCCAAACGUCUGGGUACGAGGAGUCACCACCGACACCUCAGAAUCUAGCUCCCGGGAGUGGAAUAUUCAGUCCAGACAUGGAUGGUACCCACAGCCCUUUUUUAAAUGUGAAGGCAUUCAACACAACUCAAAUUUCCAACGAUCAGAGCUACUAUGAUUCUGAUGGACUGGGGUCCAUGUCGUCCUUUUAUUCUGAGUAUACAUCUCCAUGCUUUGCUCCCCUACCGCACCAGCCGUCAUCCUCCUGCCCCUCAACCUGCAGUCCUCAAUCUUCAAAGCAGUACUGCCCUCGUGUGGCCAAACGCAAAAACUCAUACCCCCAGAGAUCAGACAAGGCGGGUCAGGUGGCAGGGAUUUCAGCUUAUCCAGGUUCUGGUCCAAUACAGUUGUGGCAGUUCCUCUUGGAACUACUUCUGGACUCUACCUGCAAUAACUUUAUAUCCUGGACAGGCGACGGCUGGGAGUUUAAGAUGUCCGACCCGACGGAGGUGGCAAAGCGCUGGGGACAGUGCAAAAACAAACCCAAGAUGAAUUAUGAGAAGUUGAGUCGUGGUCUGCGCUACUACUACCACAAGAACAUAAUCCACAAGACGGCAGGCAAGCGCUACGUCUACCGCUUUGUCUGUGACAUGCAAAGCAUGCUGGGGAAGACAGCACAGGAGGUCCUCAGUAGCUUGAACAUUUUGCCCAGGGAUAUGGAAUUAUGGCAGUCCCCUGUUUUGCCAUCAGAACACGGCAGUAAAGCCCAGACAUUUCAAUAGAAAUGGUUUAUUUUGCAAAAUAAAAUGUACAUUUUAUAUAAACGUUGUAAAUUACAACAGAGUACUGAUGCUAUAAAGGCGGGAAUUCAACGAGGCAUCAAACAAAUAUUAUUUUCAAACAUCUUAUAGAAAUGUUUUUAAUGUUCAAACUGGUGGUGCUUUGGCCCAGAGGCAAUGUCUCUGUCAUUGGUGUAGAACCCCCAGGGUUCACCUCCUGGGUAAGAUCGAAUCCCGGUUAGGGCGGUUGGUGCCUUCCGGUGGACUCACCCCCCGCAGGAAGGUUCACAAGGGGCUUGUGUAGUGCAAUGUGAUUUUGGGUGGCACUCGUGGAGACUGCUGCCCCUGCAACCCGGUAACAGAUAAGCGGACGAAGAUGGAUCGAUUUUUAAACAUUCAAUAGUUCCUUUGUUUACAUGUAGUUUAUGUUUCUUGGUUGCUGUAUGGGCUUUGUUUUUUUUGUUUGUUUGUUUUUUGUUUUGGUAGCCUGCUAUAAGAGAAUAUGACACUUACAUAGUACCAAUAUCAGGGAAUCACAAAGUGAGGUGCAGGGUGCGCAAGCUGCCACUAGGAGGUGCGCAAGAUAAAAAACAACUGAUGGCAGGAUUUUUUUUCCGUGUAAAUAAACAUUGGCCUCCAAAAUUUAAAACCAAAA